GCUAAUGGGCCACCCACGCCCGCUCUCUCGGCCCGUGGGCCCCAUCCCAUCCGACGGUCGAUCGUUAAUUUUCCAAGGCUCGAAAUCAUUGUUUACUGACCCUGCAAUCACCACCCGACCUUUCCCCGUGCUUUGGCCUCACUCGCACGCUAUCGCGAAUCACUUCCCGAUAGGUCACCCAUCCUUCCACUACUCUAGCUCAAGCACGCUUAACUCUGGAGUUCUUUCAGGAUGUGCUCCGGAAAAGGUAAGUCAACUUUGGUGAUAUAGGUAGCCAAAUCAAUUCUCUUAAGCCUUUUCACAUAUCACAACUCGGGAUGUUACAAUUCACCCCCUCUCAAAGAACGCAACGUCCUCGUUGCGCCCCACGACAGGUCUCAAGACGCCUCUCAGGUCAGAACUGAGACGGCUAACCAGCUCUGAUACCACUUGUAACGCCCCGACCGCCCACGGCUAAUGGGCCACCCACGCCCGCUCUCUCGGCCCGUGGGCCCCAUCCCAUCCGACGGUCGAUCGUUAAUUUUCCAAGGCUCGAAAUCAUUGUUUACUGACCCUGCAAUCACCACCCGACCUUUCCCCGUGCUUUGGCCUCACUCGCACGCUAUCGCGAAUCACUUCCCGAUAGGUCACCCAUCCUUCCACUACUCUAGCUCAAGCACGCUUAACUCUGGAGUUCUUUCAGGAUGUGCUCCGGAAAAGGUAAGUCAACUUUGGUGAUAUAGGUAGCCAAAUCAAUUCUCUUAAGCCUUUUCACAUAUCACAACUCGGGAUGUUACAAAAAUGUCAGGGAGAGGAAAGGGAGGAAAGGGAUUGGGGAAGGGAGGAGCCAAGAGGCACAGGAAGGUCCUCCGCGACAACAUCCAGGGCAUCACGAAGCCGGCGAUUCGUCGUUUGGCGAGGAGAGGCGGUGUGAAGCGUAUCAGCGGCUUGAUCUACGAGGAGACUCGCGGUGUUCUCAAGAUCUUCCUCGAGAAUGUGAUUCGCGACGCCGUUACUUACACGGAGCACGCUCGCAGGAAGACUGUGACGGCGAUGGAUGUUGUGUACGCGUUGAAGAGGCAGGGGAGGACUCUGUACGGGUUCGGCGGCUGAAUGGGUGGGGGGAUUGAAAUCGAGAUUUGUAAAUCGCGUCUGUUUGUUUAAGACCUUUAAGCUGUUGUUAGGGUUUCGUUUCGAAUUUUCCGUUGAUUUGAAUUUAGUGAAAACGCAUUAAUCCUUA